AUGGCAACUUACGUUGUUGAAGCGCUCGACGAGCCCCGCAUAUACUCACACUCGACUCCGAGCACCCACAUGAACUCCACAUCACAAGCGCGGGUCCUCUCGCUCGACAUCCCGAUGACGACGACGCCAGUGCACAGCCAGCCCCCGUCGUCCAUCGCUGACUCUGCGCCCCCCUCGCCCAGCCCGCUUCUUACAGGCUCCGACACCUUCAUCCCCUCGUCAGGCACCAACUCCGAGAUCCACUCACGCUCGUCGUCAUCGGCGACAGCUUCCACCUCCUCGCUACCCGUGCCCAUCCGCUCUGAAUCGCUUGGGUCGAGCGGGAGCGGGAACCCGAACGGGAGCAACAGCGCCCUCAACGUGCGGUUCGCCCCGCUCCCUGAGCUCGCCCCGAGGAAGAGGCGGAGCGCCGCCCCUCUGGGGAUGGCUGCGCGCGGGCAGCUCAUGCGCCGACGCCGCGGGGCGUACGCCGACAACCCGAACGGUGCGAACCAGGAUGGGCCCGGGGUGAAUGCGGACGGGAGCCCAGUGAUGUCGCCUGCGUACGCGGUGUCCAACCCGCUCUGGACGGACGAGGAGAUCGAGCAGCAGCGGAGGAGGCUGGAGGCACUGGCGGCGAGACAUGCGCAGUAUUCGGCGAGUGCUGCGGCCCUGGAUGCGAGGCAUGAGGAAGAGGAGGAGAUGAUGAGGGAGCGGGAGAGACAGGAGAAGGCACGGGCGAGGCAGGAAAGGCAGAGAGAAAGAGAGAGGGUGAAGGCUACCAGCAAGGCCGGCCCGGAAGGAGGGGAACAGAGGGGAAGAGGGAGAGGACAUAGGAAGGAAGGCUCGCAGGAGCUGGACCCCAAGUUCGGCACGCUCAGCCGGCUGAUGAAGGGUGCGAGUAAGAGCCUCUGGCGCCGCGCCUCCAACAAAGAUUUGGCUAUUGACGAGGCGGAGAAGAGGAGCCGAUUGCUCAGCGGCGACGAGAAGAGGCGCCAGUCGAGCACUGACCCGGCAAACAGAUCCGCGUCACCUAUUGCUCCGCCAACACCCAAACCCCAGGUCCCACUCAGACCAAUUCUUGCGACAAUUCCGUCGAAUGGGCAGGCCCAGCGCGGGUCUCCGCCUCCAGAGGGUCAGGAAGACUCCGACCUCGACCGACGGCGGUCCAACGGGACUGACGGCACCGAAGACUCGUCAGACGGCCAUGACGACCACUCGCAAGGGCACGACGAGGAGGGCGGUGUCUGGGAGGAGGAGAUCGGGCACAUGUUCAAGAACAUCGGACAGACCGAGACGAUCGUCGAGGGCAAUGGGCGGGUGUACACCAAGGUCGAGAUUUCUGCGGCUGCGAACGGGAAUGCCAGAGACGAGUCGCCGUCGGUUCCUGGGACGCCGACGUCUGAGCUUGGCGGCGCGGAGGGCGAUAGAGGCGACAGGGGAGAUAGAGGUGCAAAAUCACUCGUCAAGUCGCUCACUUCGAGGACGGCGAGCCCCAGUCUUCCGAUUGUCAAUGGCAAGGCGACCAAGUCAUGA